CGAUUGUAUAUAAAUAUUAAACGUAAUUCUUCUGUAGACAAAAGAAAACCUAAAGACAUCUGCGUUAGAUGGCGAAAAGGCGAGAGAGACGGGGCCGACGACAACAUCGUAGCCACCGCAGAAUCCAACGAAUAAUCGAUGGUGCAGAUUUCAUCAACUAUAUGCCAGAUGAUAUCCUUCACCAUAUUCUCUCCUUUAUUCCCACCGAUUUGGCCAUGAGAACUUCCGUCUUAUCCCGACGAUGGAGGCAUGUAUGGUGCGAGACACCUUGUCUCGACAUUACACUCAAGCACGGAGCGAUGAACCAAACCCUAACUUCCUACACGGCUCCCAUAAUCACUAGUUUCAAACUUGUUAUGGACCUUAACAGCAACACUGUACCCCAGGUUGAUAGCUGGAUCGAGUUUGCUCUCUCCCGCAAUGUGCAAAAUCUGUCUGUGUUCGUUAGGGAUUUCACAUACUCCAAGACUUACAGAUUUCCAGAUAUCUUCUAUCUCAGUUCCUCCUUAAAGCUACUCGACGUGACGUUGGACUUUUUUGAUAUGAUUCCCACAUGCACAGUGUCUUGGAAAUCCCUAAGGAACUUAACACUGCGUUUUUGUCAAAUUCCAGACGAAUCCAUUCAUAAUAUUCUCUCUGGCUGUCCAAUUCUCGAAAGCUUGACACUGGAUACAUGCAGAUUACUUGAGCGUCUUGAUCUGAGUAAAUCACCGAAUCUGAGGAGAUUGGAUAUAAAUCAGCAAUAUCGCCGCACAGGACCAGUUGCGAUUGUUGCGCCACACAUCUAUUAUUUGAGACUGACAUACUCUAGCACACCAUCUACUAUAGUGGAUGUCUCCUCUUUGAGCGAAGCUAACCUUACCAUUAUCAGUAGCCUACUCUCUCCCUUGACUGCAGAUGGUUAUCAAACCAUGGCGCUGGAGAUGCUAUCAAAAUUUCACAACGUUAAGAGGCUUACUGUUGGGGAAACCCUUCUUCAGAUUCUAUCUCUCGCCGAGCUCCGCGGUGUUCCUUUCCCAACGCUCAAGGUCCAAACUUUGACUGUUAAAACGGAGUUCGUUCGAUCUGUAAUCCCUGGUAUAUCAAGGUUACUACAGAAUUCACCUGGAUUAAAGAAGCUAAGACCAUCUACAAUGAAAAUGCAUCAUUUAAAAGGUUUAUAUCCGGAUCAAUGUUGGAGAUCAACAUGUGAGGUGUUUCCUACCUCAAAGGAGAUCUACAAGAUGUUGGGUUGUAAUGAUGCAACGUUGAAACUCGUGGCUUCGUUUAUGGAUUUGGUGCUGAGAAACGCAAAGACGCUAGAGAGGAUGGUUGUUUGGUUGGGAGGCAUCUACUUUAAUGGUGAUGCACCAUGGUUUGAAGAAGAGCUGUUUGACAUGGUUGAAACACUUUCUCGCAACAAUAAUGUCUCCAUUUUGCUCAAACAAAGCAAUUGCUAA